GGGACAGAUGAAGACAUGCCUACCAGUCAACCAGUUUAAGGGUAACACUGAAGGAAAAGAAGGGAGAGACUACACAAACUACAGGACAACUUUUGGCACACAAUCACUAUAACGCAGAAGUUCGCAAGACUUUGACGACGGUUUUGUCAUCCUAGGCCGCCUGUCCUUGCUCUCAGGCUCUCAGAGAGUUCCACUCUCACUCUCAGCAUGGCUGCACAUGCCGAUGAGCCUGUGUUCGCUGCCCGGCGCUACAAUGAGGAAACCACAAGGGAGUCUGCGUUUGUUUACACAAAUGCCAACAAUACAAGAGAUCCAUUUGAGGGACCCAACUAUCACAUUGCCCCUCGAUGGGUCUACAACCUAGCAUCCUUAUGGAUGAUCAUUGUUGUUAUCGCAUCAAUCUUCACUAACAGUCUGGUAAUUAUAGCUACAGCAAAGUUCAAGAAGCUGCGACACCCUCUAAACUGGAUUCUGGUAAACCUGGCUAUAGCCGAUCUCGGGGAGACAGUUCUUGCCAGCACAAUCAGUGUGUUCAACCAGGUCUUCGGCUACUUUGUCCUUGGACACCCAAUGUGCAUUUUUGAGGGAUGGACGGUGUCUGUUUGUGGUAUCACAGCUCUGUGGUCUCUGACUAUAAUCUCCUGGGAGCGCUGGGUGGUUGUGUGCAAGCCAUUUGGUAAUGUUAAAUUUGAUGGCAAAUGGGCAGCAGGAGGCAUUAUUUUUGCCUGGACUUGGGCCAUUAUCUGGUGCACCCCUCCAAUCUUUGGCUGGAGCAGGUACUGGCCCCAUGGUCUGAAGACAUCUUGUGGCCCUGAUGUGUUCAGCGGCAGUGAGGAUCCAGGAGUGGCCUCCUACAUGGUCACACUGCUGCUUACCUGCUGUAUUCUUCCUCUCUCCGUCAUUAUCAUUUGCUACAUCUUCGUCUGGAAUGCCAUCCACCAGGUCGCCCAGCAGCAGAAAGACUCAGAGUCUACCCAGAAGGCAGAGAAGGAAGUGUCCAGGAUGGUGGUAGUGAUGAUCCUUGCCUUUAUCCUGUGCUGGGGACCAUAUGCCUCCUUUGCCACCUUUUCUGCAUUGAACCCUGGUUAUGCCUGGCACCCACUGGCAGCUGCUCUGCCCGCUUACUUCGCCAAGAGUGCCACCAUCUACAAUCCCAUCAUUUAUGUCUUCAUGAACCGCCAGUUCCGGAGCUGUAUCAUGCAGCUGUUUGGAAAGAAGGUGGAGGAUGCAUCAGAGGUUUCUGGCUCUACCACAGAAGUGUCUACGGCUUCAUAAAAAUCUAUGGCGCCCUUUACUGGAUACACGAAAAUAUAUCAGGAUCUCACAUGGACUGCAGUCACUAUCAACCUGCACAGUCUGCUACAUGCAUUAUGGUCACCUAGCAUAGCUCAGCUACAUGAAGAAAUCUUUAUAUUUCAUAUCAGGACUCUAUGAAUGAUAGUGGCUAUGAUGACAUUUAUCAUUCAGUGUGCAGGGCAUUCUGACAUAUGCUCAACAAUGCUCCGUUGUUUGCUGUGCAUCUGGACUUUCUUUUUGAUAUGCUGGAAUUCUGCAUGCAAUAUAUUCCUUAACCACUGACCUCUGCAACUGAAUAUCAACAGCUGAACCAGGAAUGAAGGCUGAAAAUGACCCACACCCUCACCCCCCAAUUCAUGCCAAUCACAGCUUUGUGUCAGCCAUAAACUAUUUGUCUAUGGCUAGAGGUGGAAUGUCUGAAAACUUUAACGUUUUGUAAUAUUUUAAGAAACAAUGCAACAAAAUUCUCAGAGCAUUGCAUUCAGUUGUUCUCAUUCUUGCAAUGGGAACAAUUUCCUGCCUGAUUUGAACCACAAGUUCAAAUUUUAAAGCUGCUAAAUCCAAAACAUGAGUUAUUGGCAUCUAUUGGUCCAUAUCAAGGCAGUCUUCAUAUAACCUGUGCUGCGUUUGUCUAUGAACCUUUCGGAUUUUUUUAGAUUACAUAUGCAUUUUUUAAAAAGAAAAAAAAAACAAAUAUGUAUAUUUAUUGUUUUUUCUUUAGCAAAAUAAAGCAAAUGUUUGCAAAUUAAA